AUCUCAUGGACCUUAUUGGGGAAGAUAGAAAGUGGAUGGUGGGUAGGAAGCUAAUGCAGGUGAAUGACAGUCUGACUUCUGAAGAUGCAGGACUCCGGAGCAACAAGAACUGCACUGAGCCAGCCCUGCAUGAAUUCCCCAGUGACAUCUUCAGCAAUGAGGACAGAAGACAGGGAGCGGUAGUGCUGCAUGUGCUCUGCGCCAUGUACAUGUUCUACGCACUGGCCAUUGUGUGCGAUGACUUCUUCGUCCCCUCCUUGGAAAAGAUCUGUGAGCGUCUGCACCUCAGUGAAGAUGUGGCAGGGGCUACAUUCAUGGCAGCAGGCAGCUCAGCCCCAGAGCUGUUUACCUCAGUCAUAGGGGUCUUCAUCACCAAGGGCGAUGUAGGAGUUGGCACCAUUGUGGGCUCUGCAGUGUUCAACAUCCUGUGCAUCAUUGGUGUCUGUGGACUCUUUGCAGGGCAGGUUGUGGCUCUCUCCUCCUGGUGCCUGUUGAGGGAUUCCAUCUACUACACGCUGUCUGUGGUGGCACUCAUUGUGUUCAUUUAUGACGAAAAGGUUUCUUGGUGGGAGUCUCUAGUCCUUGUGCUGAUGUAUCUCAUCUACAUUGUCAUCAUGAAAUAUAAUGCUUGCAUCCAUCAGUGCUUUGAAAGGAGGACGAAAGGUGCUGGGAACAUGGUCAAUGGAUUGGCCAACAAUGCUGAAAUUGAUGACAGCAGCAACUGCGACGCAACUGUGGUGCUACUUAAGAAAGCCAAUUUCCACCGCAAAGCGUCAGUGAUUAUGGUGGAUGAGCUGCUGUCAGCCUACCCACACCAGCUUUCUUUCUCUGAGGCUGGACUUCGAAUCAUGAUCACAAGCCACUUCCCCCCCAAGACCCGCCUCUCGAUGGCUAGCCGCAUGUUAAUCAAUGAGAGACAAAGACUGAUAAACAGCAGGGCUUAUGCCAAUGGGGAAUCAGAGGUGGCCAUUAAAAUCCCAAUUAAGCAUACUGUGGAGAAUGGGACAGGACCCAGUAGCGCCCCAGACAGGGGUGUGAAUGGAACUCGGAGGGAUGAUGCUGUUGCUGAAGCUGGUAAUGAGACAGAGAAUGAGAAUGAGGACAAUGAGAACAACGAGAAUGAUGAAGAAGAGGAAGAGGAGGAAGACGAUGAUGAAGGACCAUACACGCCAUUUGACCCACCCUCUGGCAAACUGGAAAUCAUGAAAUGGGCAUUCACCUGGCCACUGAGUUUCGUCUUAUACUUUACUGUCCCCAACUGCAACAAGCCCCGCUGGGAGAAAUGGUUCAUGGUGACGUUUGCUUCUUCCACCUUGUGGAUUGCAGCCUUCUCCUACAUGAUGGUGUGGAUGGUCACGAUCAUUGGUUAUACUCUGGGAAUUCCUGACGUCAUCAUGGGAAUCACUUUCCUGGCUGCCGGAACCAGUGUGCCUGACUGCAUGGCCAGCCUCAUCGUUGCCAGACAAGGAAUGGGGGACAUGGCUGUUUCCAAUUCCAUUGGGAGCAAUGUGUUUGACAUCUUAAUCGGCCUCGGUCUCCCCUGGGCUCUGCAAACUCUGGCUGUGGAUUACGGAUCCUACAUCCGGCUGAACAGCAGGGGGCUGAUCUACUCUGUGGGUUUACUCUUGGCCUCUGUCUUUGUCACGGUGUUUGGCGUUCACCUGAACAAAUGGCAACUAGAUAAGAAGCUGGGGUGUGGGUGCCUCUUCCUGUAUGGCGUGUUCCUGUGCUUCUCCAUCAUGACGGAGUUCAAUGUGUUCACCUUUGUGAACUUGCCCAUGUGUGGAGACCACUGAUCCUCCCGGCCAUCUACAGAGGCCCAGGUCCUUCUUUUCUGUGCAAUAUGAGACCCGGCCGCACCCCGAGUCACAUGGGCCCCCAGGGCUGCGGCAUCCGUCUCUCCCGUGCUGUCCACAGGCCUCCGCUCAUAUCCUGGUGGCCCAGGCUCCCCCUGUCACCUCCCUCACGCCCCAUCUCCUUGGUCCUACCUCCUGCCCGGCCCCUUUCACCUUCCCGCCUACCCUUCCUUGCCUGGUCCUUGUGAAGACAUCCAGCAUCCACGUGAAUUUUCAAGCUCCACUUUGGAACAGUGACUGAGAUUUUAGAACAAAACUGGCUGCUAACUGGCCCAAGCCAGGCACAAUUUACUACAACUCCCUCCUCCUUUUUUAAGUUAUUUGAUGGAAGACUACCCUAAUUUAUGACCCCGAGACUGCUGAAGAAAGAGAGGAGAGGGUCCAUGGAUGGUGCAGUAUUUAGGACUGUUUUGUUUGGAGGUGAUUCCUAGCUUACUGGGUUUAGAGGGUUGUUUUAUUUGGGGGGGUCCCCCUUUUGUUACUUGCCUUCCAGAGAUCGAGGACUUCCCUUGUGUCUUCUUUCACUGGGCUCUGGCUUAGUCGGUGAUCUGCAGGUUAUACUGCGAAGCUCCUGGUGGGGAACUCCAGGUGUAUUGGAGAGUGCAUGGAUUUCGCACUUACUUCACUGGGCAAGGCCACUAGAAACGAAUGCAUGCCAUCCCCCCCCCAAGGGUACCUCCACCUCACCAAUGUCCUGCGGACAUUACCUGGGUGGGGCAAGGGAGACACAAGGUGAUGGAAGAAGAAAACCCACUUCCUACACGUUCACUUUGAGCAUCUCUUCCUCACUAGGUUCUUUCUAGUUUUUCAAGCAAUAGCUCUAGCCUGCCAGAGGCCUCUUGACACAGAGGCCCUGGCUAACUGUCCAUCUGCGAGGUGCCAGGCAGCCAAUGACAGAAGCCUCCCCCCCUCCAGCCUGUGAGUCUUUGAGAUAUGCUCUUGUUGCUUGGCACGUGGGGUGACAGGGAGUGACGUAGAGGCCACUACUAACUUCCAGGCAGGAGUUACAGACACUGGUUUCUUGGAAAAUGGAGAGAAGCGCAUUUUGCACACAGAUGUCGUCAAUUAAGUCCCAAUUUGUCACUUGGUAUUGAGUACACUGGACCCUGACGGCUGGCUCUCGGGCAAACAACCGUCCUUCCUCGUCGGAUGCUACCACCAACUGGCCCGGCUCCACCCCUCUCCUCCCAGAGGGAUGGCCAGAGAAGGAGAAAGCAGAAAAUGAACACCUUGGAAACCAUAGAAUGUGUUAAUAACCACAGACUUGCUCAAGGGCAUAAGUUAUUGUGAAUGUUCUGCCAAUCACUGCUCAGCAGCCCUGCUAGAUUUUGUAUGAUGCUGAAUUAUUAUGCAGAUUAAUUCCACCGAGUUGAGACCUACCCAUGCUUGUUACACUUGUAUUUAUUGAAACUGUGGAUUCUUGCCCGCCCGUGCUGUCCCUCCCUCGUAUUUCCUUUAAGCACUGAUCACUUAUCAUUCAUUUGGUAUGGUUUUUUCCAGUCCCUUGUACACAUUCUGGUAUGAAUUGUAAAAAAAAAUAAUAAUAACAAUAACCUGCUACAAAUUGGUCGAAUGUUUCUGUCUAGAGUGCAAACCAAGGGCAGUAUUAGCCCAGGGCACACCUGGCCAACCUAAGACCAGGAGAGGAAAUCACCAAUUUGGGCUCUCAGAGCUAAGACACACAUUGAUUCUGUUGCACAUUUUGCACUGGGUUAUGGCGAUUGUUUUCUUGGAUGGAUAGUGUAAAAUAAACUUCUCUGUUCUGUAUCCUU